CAGCCACUCCGAAGACUCCAGAAAUGUGAAGCUAUUAGCUGGGGCCUGCGGGAGCUGGGCGAGCAGUGCUUUGUGACUGGGGCCUCAGGGAUGCGGGGACACACUCUUCUGGUCUGAGAAUGUCAGGCUUACUGGGGUCCUGCUGACCUGGGCCCUGUGGGCAAGGGAAUGGCAGCAGGUGGCAGGGCCUGGAAGCUGAUAUUAAUCCUGCCAUCUGGCAGGCAACUCUCCAAAUGAAGACGGGCGGAAUGUGCCAGGAGUGCUCUGCGCCUCGGGCCUCGGCCAGGCUAAGAGAAGGGCCCCAGCAUGGGCUCAGGGAUGAGCCUCUCUGCUCUCGCCCACAUCUCUGUUUAGCCAGGGGCCUCACCAGAACCUCCUGUCACAGCAAACUCGGACUUCAGUCCCUCAGGGACGAGUCCACUUCUGAGGAGACCACUGGGGGAUUUCUCCCCUGUCCCUGAUCUCCCACCACCUGGUUCUGGCUCCAGGUUCUCAUGAAGUGAGUUCUUAGAAGGCCUGGCUAAGUGAAGGGCAGCCCAGCCCAGGUCCUGAGGCCUGUGCUACAGGGUGGAAACCUUCUCGUGUUCCCCAGCUGCAGGACAUCCUUCCUCCCCAAACAGCCAGGGAACAGGAACCAGGAAAGGCCAGUAAGUCCGAUAGCUCUGCCCUUCACAGCCAGCGUCCCUCCAGAGCCCCUCUGUGGCAUGGUGGGCACAUCCAGCCUGGACUACAAACCUCGCUGGAACACAGGCAGAGCAUGGGCAGGGGAGAUGGUGUGGCAACUGCCUGAAUGGGACAGGCACCCUGGAGCCCUACGUGAUAAUGGGAGGAAGUAUGUCACUCAUCACCCUGUGAUUGGGAGAGUGGGAACACUUCCUGACUUGUCUCCCCGAGCCCCAAGGGUCAUAGCUCUUCCACCAAUUGCAGAGGCAGCGGUGCUUCUGUGGCGCGGCAUCUCAUCUUGUCCAUCCCCCAGCUGCGGCCCACAGCCUGCCGGUGGAGAGCUCACGCUAGCGCCACUGAGUUUCCAGAGACCCGUGUUCUGAAUGCCACAGAGGAAAUGGCAGAGUGUCACUCUCCAUCUCUGACUGGGGGCUGGCCUCCAUGGCUGUGGUAGUGCCCACCCACCCUCUCCAGCUGCCUCCUCUUUCCACAUGUCCCUGUUGUAGACAGUGCCAGCCUGGGAUGGAACUUGUCACUUUGCUCCCAGGAUCUCCAAGUAACAGCCUGGUAUGGGGAGGUGCUUCUUGGGAGGUCAUGUCAAAACAAAAAGAAUGUCAUUUUUAGAUGGACAGAACAUGGAUAAAAAUAGAUACCUUUGGGCUUAUAACCUUCAUUUGAAGCAAAACAUCCUUAUAAUUGACGUGGAAGAAAACUAUACAUAGAAGCUACCUCUAACCUAUAAAGUUAUAAAUUCUUACACACUUAGAAGCUGCUCAUACCUAACACGGAGAGGCCACUGUCUCCUCCUACAUGUCCCAGCCGGUGCAAACACACACUCCACAUGGUGCUGCUCUCUAACCAAGGGGCCAGGUCAUGCCAGCACACGAAUGCCCAAGAGAUUCUAAACAGACUUGUUCCAUGCGAUGGCCGGACAGGCUCCCGAGGAUGGAGCCAUCCUGAGCAGGGCACAGGCUUCCUUCUCCUUCUGCUCCACUAAUCUGGUGGCAGGUAUUAGCGCUCCAGGCAGCCCCUGUCCCCACUCAACUGCAGGGAGGGCACAGCAGGGAGCAGACCCGCCAGGCACAGCCAGUGACAGGCGAACCUCAGGCAGCCUCCACCCCCUCUGCGCUGUUCCUCUUUAAUCCCCACUGAUAACCACCCGCGCAGGCUGGGGUGUCUGGGAGGGCGCGUGCUGCAGGCGCGGCCCUCCACCCCAUGCUUUAGAUUCUGAGCCUGCCCUGGCCCUUCAAAGAGCUCUCUGUGUCCCUGGGUCUGAAAUGAAAGCAGCCAAAGUCUCUCUAUGGUAGAGUCUCAGUGAGGUCCAACUAUUUUGUCCUUAGUUUCUACAGACAAAUGUCUGUUCAGUUUAUUUCCUCAAGGGAAGAGGGAACUCAGAACUGAGUUUCUCAACCAUGCUGUGUAGCAGGACCCCAGACCCAGCUCUGCCAGCCCUGGUCUGGCCCGGCACAGGACACUCUGCAGGGCUGGACGCAGGCAGGGGCACAGGGGAAGUGCCACCACAGCCUCCACACAAGCCCAGCCAGCCCCGGGAGCCUGGAUGUCUACCAAGCAGGUGGCUGCCUCGGCCUUGCCAUGCUGCGUGCUGCCGGUGUCUGGAAUCCACGCCACCAAGGAACGCGGGACACGAGAUAAAAGUAAGAGCCGAUGGUUGGCACUGCUGGGGGCCAAGAGCUGGACGGGGGCAAGGGAAGCUGUGGCACAAGCCGCAGAGCCUGGUGAGGCUGCCAUGUGGAGCUGCGGCCUGCUCAAUGGCACGGGUCAGGGCGAAGAGCAGCUGUGCCAGGAUCUGCGCCUAGGGCUAUGGGUCCUCUCGCUGCUCCAUCUGGUGGCGGGCGUCCCCGUUGGCCUGGGCUACAAUGCCCUGCUGGUGGUGGCCAACCUGAGCAACAAGAGCAGCAUGACCAUGCCGGACGUGUACUUCGUGAACAUGGCUGUCUCGGGCCUCGUGCUCACGGCCCUGGCCCCUGUGCACCUGCUGGGUCCCCCCUACUCCAGGUGGGCACUGUGGAGCCUCAGCAGUGAGGCCCACGUGACUCUGCUGAUCCUGUUCAAUGUGGCCUCCCUGGUAACCAUGUACUCCACUGCCCUGCUUAGCCUCGAUUACUACAUUGAGCGGGCCCUGCCGCGCACCUACAUGGCCAGCGUCUACAACACGCGGCACGUGUGUGGCUUUGUCUGGGGUGGGGCACUGCUGACCAGCUUCUCCUCCCUGCUCUUCUACAUCUGCAGCCACGUGUCCUCCCGGAUCACGGAGUGUGCCAAGAUGCAGAACACAGAGGCUGCAGAUACCCUCCUGGUGCUCAUUGGCUACAUAGUGCCGGGCCUGGCUGUGCUGUAUGCACUGGUGCUCAUCUCACGGAUCCGGAAGGAGGACACGCCCCUGGACCAGGAAGCAGGCAGGCUGGACCCCUCCGUGCACAGGCUUCUGGUAGCCACCGUGUGCACGCAGUUUGGGCUCUGGACGCCAUACUAUCUGAGCCUCCUGGGGCACAUGGUACUGGUCUCACGAGGGAGGCCUAUAGAUGGGCACUACCUGGGGAUCCUGCACUUUGCUAAGGAUUUAUCCAAGUUCUUGGCCUUUGUGAGCAGCUCUGUGACACCACUUCUCUACCGCUACAUCAACAAAAACUUUCCCAGCAAACUCCGUCGGCUGAUAAAGAAAAUGCACUGUGGGCAGCGGCGCUGCUCGCUGGACCCCGCAGGAGUACAGCAGGUGAUGGCGCAGGCCUAGGGAAGAGGGUGCCCCAGGCCCAGUCCUGGGGCCCAGAGCCAGCCACGGACACUUGGGAGGCUCCACUUCCUCCCUCCCUGCUCUCUCAGCCUGGGAGAUGAGCUGCUCAGAGGAAACUGAAGUUCAACUGAAUGCACAGCACUUUGUUACCUGGAAUGCCGGGCACUUUCUUCCCCAGAAAGAGAUGCACUGAAGCAGGAAUGGCACAGGGUGUUUUUCUCAGAAAGGCCAACCCUGGGCCAAGGCCAUGCUGUGGAAAGCAACAGGGGCUCUGUGUGAAGAACAGGCACCCCCUCAGCUAACCUCUUGGCCUUCCGACCUUGUGCACCUGUCCUGAAGAUUAGGUCAUGUCCUCACUCAGCUGACCUGCAGCCUUGACAUCGGGCUUUUCUCAAACUUGAUGAGAACCUGAAGGCAGGGUUCACACACACCCCUUUUUAUAUAAAAAGAUGUUUCAUAGAAAAUGCCAAGUUAUCAAGAUGAAGGAAACAAUGCAAGGAAAUGCAGACACUCGGCACGAGGACAAGUCAGGAGGGCUGGGCUGCCUGAUGCUCCUGCCCCCACCGAUAACAGCAGCUUAGUGUUUUCAGGAUAGAUCUGUCCUUCCAAUCAACUCCCCAAAGUGUGCACAAAAUGAAAUAUAAAUAAACCGAAGGAAGAAAACACUAUUAGGAUUUCUCACAACAGCAAAGCUGACGGGCCUUCCUGAGACAGAGGUCUGGGCACCAGUAGAAGUGCCAGCAAGGCACAGAAGGGCAUGAAGCUGGGCUCCCCACAGUGACCAGGGACUGUAAAGUGGCCCUGAUUGUCUGCUUCGGGCAGAGCUGCACAGGAAUGUCAGCCGUGGGGCAGUGCAGGUAAGGCGUCCGCCCCCCAGGCCAAGCCCAGAGGUGUCUGCAGCCCGGCCAGUCACGCGCCGUCAACCUCACGUGGACCUUUUGUCUUCACACUUACUAGACAUCUACUUUAAAAUGCAGGUGUGGGAAGAACCUCCGCUGCUCUGCAUCCUCCAUGUGCCCCGAUUCCAGUUCUCUAGGCUGCAAUUACAGGCCCAUGGCCACCUAAUCCCCAAAUCUAAAACCCAGGAGGCUCUGCAAACAGGACAGUUUCCCUCAGGUGAUUCCCUGCAGGGGUGCAGGGUGGUGGGGCUAUCCUGACCACCCCUACUUCUGCAGAAACACUGGCAUGAUGUGGGGUGCUGUGCUAGCCCCUGCAUUCUCUCUGACCACCUGGGAACACCUGCCCAAAGGCCAUGGAGCCGGGCUGUACUACAUGGCCUUCGUGUGUGGGCCUCAAGCACCUGCCCUGGUCUGUAGGGAAAUUCAGCUGAGAGGUAGCUGCUUAGUUUUAUUUAUUACACACAAAGUACAUCUCCUCAAAUUGGGACCUGCUCGAGUUAGUUUGCCUUGUGAAGAAUCAUGGAAAGGGCUGGGAUUGUGGCUUAGUGGUAGAGCACCCACCCAGUGCGUGUGAGGCCCUGGGUUCGAUCCUUAGCACCCCAUAAAAUAAAUAAAUAAAUAAAAGGCAUUGUGUCCAACUACAACUAAAAAUAAAUACUAAAAAAAAAAAAAGAAUCAUGGAAAUACACUGGAUGCUCAGCUUUGUCUGCCCCCAGUGGCUGUGAGGUGCUUGGUGAGCUCUGAGGGCCUAGUUCCUUAUUCAUAAACCUCAAGGCUGAAGUGGAGGACACUUGUCUGUGUUGCUUCUAACUGAAAUUUUCAUUUUAAGGUAUGCCGGGGUCUCAGUCAAGCCUUCAAGGCCACAAGCCUAACUAGCUGUCCCUCCCUUCUUGGGCACAGCAGUCAGCACUCCAUCCCUUCCCAUCCCGACUCACCACCCAGACCCAGCCUUCCACUGACCUUAACGUUUGCUAAAGAAAUGACCCUAACCCAAUAGACACUAGCCUGGCCUGGCCUGCAGGGGGUGCUCUGGCCACUGUGGAAAUGUCUGACUUGGGAUGAGUAGACUCAGGGCCCAAGGUCAAGCUAAGGACAGCUUGCUUCAGGUUAGCUGGAGAAACAGGAUCCAGAUGGAGAGGGCUCCUAGUGAGGUGGUGUCCUGGUAUAAGAGACCCUCUUCCUUGCUUAUGCUUUCUAUACCUGCGAAGGGGCAGACCCCCACUCAGCAUAGACCUGGAGAGGCAGAGCCUCUGCCCACUUGGACUUCCUCUUUCCAACUGCACUUCCCCAAAGCAGGGAGGGACCCCAAAUCACAUUUUUUCUUUUCAAUUUGUCAGUGGCUUUGGGUGCAAAGUGGCCAAGUUCUGGGGGUGUAGAGGACCCUGGGCCCCACAACUGGCAUCAAUUUCAGCCACACCCACCCUGCUGAGAUGGAUCCAGUGGACAUCCAGCAGCCAAGUCGGAUCUCUUGGCAGAGGCACACAUAGGGCAAGGGACACCCACAGACUGAGCCCCUUCACGGGGUGAUAUCUCCUCUACCCAACCCCCGCUUUGGCUUUAGCCCCUGCUCCUUUGCUGCCUCCUACUCUCCCGUCUGCUCCCAGCCUCCGUGGCUAACGCCAACGUGCUGCUCAGCCCACUUUUCCACAGGCACCUACUCAUCUGUGCCCCUGUGCUAAAAUUCAUUCUGGAGGAGCCAGCGGGGCCUUAGGUCUCUCUGACUCCCAGUAUGUUAGGAUUUCCAAUUCCGCCAUGUUGCCAAAAAAAAAAAAAAAAAAGGAAGCGGAAGGAAAUUGAGCUACUCAGAGGAGAAUAAGGAGCUAUUUGAAAAAAGCCAAAGUGGAUUAUGAGCUCAGUCCUCUAUUUCCUCAUGAAUCUGAAGACACCAGGGCACGGGGUUUUCAAAAUUAUAUUUGAGGGCCAUUAACUUGACCAUCAACAUUUAUUGACAUUAUAAUUUAAAAUUAAUUAUCUUAAUUAUUUAAUUAUUAAUUUAUCAAACCACAAGGCCUGCCAUGUUUUAUUACUUAGGGUACCAAAAAGUGAGUUUAAUCUUGGAUUUCCUUCACAAAGGUUAUGCAACGCAUUACAGGAAACUGGACCUAUUGCUAAUUGUGGCAGAUACAUCAAGAAAACAACAAACACUUGUUCUUUCAUAAAAAGCACUUGGUAAAAAAUAAACCAGGAGUAAAUUAAGAA